AGUGCCUCUGCUUCCGGCUCGAGUUCUCUCUCUUCACACGCCUCGCCAUGUCCGAGACUGCGCCUGCUGCGCCCGCCGCCCCGGCCCCCGCCGAGAAGACACCCGUAAAGAAGAAGGCACGGAAGGCCGCAGGUGGCGCGAAGCGCAAAGCGUCCGGACCCCCGGUGUCCGAGCUCAUCACCAAGGCUGUGGCUGCCUCCAAGGAGCGCAGCGGCGUGUCCCUGGCCGCGCUCAAAAAAGCGUUGGCAGCCGCCGGCUACGACGUGGAGAAGAACAACAGCCGCAUCAAGCUCGGGCUGAAGAGCCUGGUGAGCAAGGGUACCCUGGUGCAGACCAAGGGCACCGGCGCCUCCGGCUCCUUCAAACUCAACAAGAAGGCGGCUUCAGGUGAGGCUAAGCCCAAAGCAAAGAGGGCAGGCGCGUCCAAGGCGAAGAAGCCUGCGGGCGCAGCCAAGAAGCCCAAGAAGGCUGCGGGAACAGCCACCCCCAAGAAGAGCACCAAGAAGACUCCAAAGAAAGCAAAGAAGCCAGCGGCGGCUGCAGGAGCCAAAAAAGCUAAGAGCCCGAAGAAGGCAAAGGCAACUAAGGCUAAGAAGGCGCCCAAGAGCCCUGCCAAGGCGAAAACGGUAAAGCCCAAAGCGGCCAAGCCAAAAACCUCCAAGCCUAAGGCAGCUAAGCCAAAGAAAACUGCAGCCAAGAAAAAGUAAAUUUUCUUUGGCUAACUGCUUAGAAGCCCAACAACCCAAAGGCUCUUUUCAGAGCCAC